AUGUACAAGAGCGAGGUCCCCCUCUACAGGGACCUAGUCGAUUUCGUCUGGAAAGCAGACGCCGAAGCCAUCAAUGCCAGUCAAAAACAAGGUUCACCAACCAUUGAUCCGAAUGAUAUCUUGCCGUCACGAAACCGAGUUGAAAGGCACGGGGCCAUCCGACUGGGAACCGCAUACGAGCUCUCUACAAUCCGCCGUAUGUUUGCAAUUAUGGGCAUGUUCCCAGUGGGGUAUUACGACUUGAGAGCUGUCGGGUUCCCAAUGCAUGCUACUACAUUUCGGCCCGGGACGAAGGAGGCGUUAUCCAAGAAUCCGUUCCGCGUGUUCACGACAGUAUUACGUAUGGAAUUGUUAACGGAGAAGGCCCGGGACCUAGCGCAAAGAGCUCUACGACAGAGAAAUAUCUUCACGAAUCGGCUGAUCGCUCUCAUUGAACUGGCUGAGAAGCAGGAUGGACUGAGCUCGGCCGAGUGUAAAGAGUUUAUCGUGGAAGGGCUGGAGACUUUCCGGUGGCAUUCCAAGGCAACUGUUACAGUGGAGGAAUAUCAGAUCCUGAAGGCAGAGCACCCGUUAAUUGCUGAUGUUGUUUCGUUCCCUAGUUGUCAUAUCAAUCUUCUCGCGCCGCAGACGAUAGAUAUUGAUCUAGUGCAGAAGAUGAUGCAAGAUAAUGGGAUGCCGGCCAAAGAGCGAAUUGAAGGUCCUACACGACGGCAAUUUCCUAUUCUGCUACGUCAGACUAGCUUCAAAGCGUUGGAGGAAACGGUUUAUUUCCGCGAUGCCCAUGACGCUUAUGACUUCCCAGAUGAUAUAGCUGAGUUACGGUCACAGCAGCUGGCAUAUUUUUGCCACCGAUUGACAUCGCACGACCAACGAUCUCUAGACUCGAAAGACGAGUUAGAAGGGAGAAGUAUGACCUUGGCCCAGCUACUAGAGACCAACAUCAUUGAGUAUGAUUCCAUUAUAUACGAGGACUAUCUCCCCUUGUCAGCCGGAGGUAUCUUCAAUUCCAAUUUAGGGAGCACAUCCCAAUCAGAACAGCUAGUUAUGGAAGCUGAUGAGGUUUUGGAUGGGUUCCAACGCAAGUUGGGAACAUCGAUAAUAGACGAAUUUCAUUUAUACACACAUAUGCAACAGGAUAGCUUGGAAAACUGCCGAAAACAGUUAGGAUUGGAAGUGAUUCUACACUGA